UUCAGACAAAAGGAAGGAUGAAGUUCCAUCUUCCCAGCUCUCAUGCCAGAACGCGUCCACAACUGAAUGAUUUACGCGGCGAACCGAUGUAACACACCAACGGUCAAUAGGCAAUUUACACAUAUACUGAUACGAUCGGGGAGUUCAGUCAGAUUUAAGAAGCUUUUGUUGUUAUUAGUUUCAUCUUAAACCUCAUACGUUAUAUUUCGAUUCAGAAAAUUUCCGCCAAAAUUUCUUCUAUAGUUAGCAGAGGAUUACGUGGCAUAGAAGAGAGAGAGAGAGCCCAGAACGUAGAAGACUUGAGUUAGCAGCCACGAAUCUCCGACAAAUUGGCGACGGAACACUUGAGAGAGCGAAAUCGAAGGAUCCGAAUUUUAAGGUCUUUUGAAGAAUGUCAUCAUCUCCACAAACUGAUCGACACGAACACAGGAGAGACAGUGGAAGAAAAACGAAUCAGAAUCGCUUGAUCAGAAAAUUUUGGUGCCUCAACGGAUUUUUUUCCCGUCCGAUACUCUUCGUUUCGCCUCGUUUCUUUCCCAGGCUUUGGAAAUUUAGACCUAAAUCGUCUUACAAGACGGAAUUUGAUUCAAAAUGGAUAUGGUUUGUUGUUGUUUUUAUGGAAAUGCUUGUAGAUGUUGAUCGGAAAUGGUAUCUUCCGUUCCAUGGAAGAAGGUCUCUGAUGGAGAAAUGGAUCCGAGGAGCUGAAUGUACGAUAUCUAGCUUCAUUUUUUUCUUCGGUUUCUGGAAGAAACUUGAGUGGUCAGAGCCGAUCGUUCUGGAGCAGGGAAAUUAUACGUAGCUUUGGUUUUUGUUGAAGAACAUAAUGGGCACUCCAGUGAACAUUAUUGUAGGUUCUCAUGUAUGGGUUGAAGACCCAGCAUUAUCUUGGAUUGAUGGACAAGUAUCAAAGAUUAAUGGUCAGGAUGCUGAGAUCCAGACCAGUAAUGGAAAGAAGGUUGUUGCAAACUUGUCAAAACUAUAUCCAAAAGAUAUGGAAGCCCCUGCUGGUGGAGUUGAUGACAUGACAAAACUAUCUUAUUUGCACGAGCCUGGAGUACUGCAGAACCUGGCAACUAGAUAUGAACUUAAUGAAAUCUAUACUUAUACUGGAAACAUUCUUAUUGCAAUUAAUCCUUUCCAACGAUUGCCUCAUCUUUAUGAUGCUCACAUGAUGGAGCAAUAUAAAGGAGCACCAUUUGGAGAACUAAGCCCUCAUGUUUUUGCGGUUGCAGACGUUGCAUACAGGGCAAUGAUUAAUGAGGGAAAAAGCAACUCCAUUCUGGUAAGUGGUGAGAGUGGAGCUGGUAAGACCGAGACAACAAAAAUGCUAAUGCGUUAUCUUGCAUAUUUGGGUGGCCGUGUAGCCACCGAAGGAAGGACCGUUGAACAACAAGUUCUAGAAUCAAAUCCAGUUCUUGAAGCUUUUGGAAACGCAAAAACUGUCAGAAAUAACAAUUCCAGCCGGUUUGGUAAAUUUGUUGAGAUCCAAUUUGAUAAGCAUGGAAGGAUAUCAGGGGCAGCCAUAAGAACCUACCUUCUUGAGAGAUCUCGUGUUUGCCAAGUUUCUGAUCCUGAACGCAACUACCACUGUUUCUACCUUCUUUGCGCAGCGCCACCUGAGGUCAUUGAGAAAUAUAAAUUGGGAAAUCCUAAAUCAUUUCACUAUCUUAAUCAAUCAAAUUGCUAUGAACUUGUUGGUAUAAGUGAUGCACAUGAUUAUCUUGCCACUAGGAGAGCUAUGGAUGUUGUCGGAAUAAGUGAAAGAGAACAGGAUGCAAUUUUCAAAGUUGUUGCUGCAAUUCUUCAUGUGGGUAAUAUCGAGUUUGCAAAGGGUGAGGAGAUUGAUUCAUCUGUUCUGAAAGAUGAGAAGGCCAAGUUCCAUCUUAAAAUGACAGCUGAACUUCUCAUGUGUGACGCUCAGGCCCUUGAAGAUGCACUCUGUAAACGUGUUAUGAUCACCCCAGAGGAAGUCAUUAAGAGAAGUCUUGAUCCUCUUGCUGCAACAGUUAGCAGGGAUGGUUUCGCAAAGACAAUAUAUUCUCGCUUGUUUGAUUGGUUGGUUGAUACAAUUAAUGUCUCAAUAGGACAAGAUCCUAACUCAAAAUCUCUCAUUGGUGUACUUGACAUUUAUGGUUUUGAAAGCUUCAAGACUAACAGUUUUGAGCAGUUUUGUAUUAAUUUUACAAAUGAGAAACUGCAACAACAUUUUAACCAGCACGUAUUCAAGAUGGAGCAGGAAGAGUAUACAAAGGAGGAAAUUGAUUGGAGCUACAUCGAAUUUGUUGAUAACCAAGAUGUCUUGGACCUUAUUGAAAAGAAACCUGGAGGAAUCAUUGCUCUCCUUGAUGAGGCUUGUAUGUUUCCAAAGUCUACACAUGAAACAUUUUCCCAGAAGCUUUAUCAGACGUUCAAAAAUCACAAACGCUUCGUCAAGCCAAAACUUUCCCGUACCGAUUUUUCCAUUGCUCACUAUGCAGGAGAGGUGUUGUAUCAGUCUGAUCAAUUUCUAGAUAAAAAUAAAGACUAUGUUGUCCCUGAGCAUCAGGACUUGUUGAGUGCUUCCAAAUGUCCUUUUGUAGCAGGUUUAUUCCCUACGAUCCCUGAGGAGACAACCAAAUCUUCUAAGUUCUCUUCCAUUGGUUCUCGCUUUAAGCUGCAACUACAGCAAUUGAUGGAGACACUAAAUUCAACAGAACCUCACUACAUUAGAUGUGUGAAGCCAAACAAUCUUCUCAAACCUGCUAUAUUUGAGAAUGUCAACAUCAUGCAGCAACUGCGAUGUGGUGGUGUUUUAGAGGCUAUCAGAAUUAGUUGUGCAGGAUACCCUACUCGCCGUACAUUUUUUGAAUUUCUCGUCCGGUUUGGUAUUCUUGCACCAGAGAUCCUGGAAGGGAACUACGAUGAAAAGAUUGCAUGCAAAAAGAUACUGGAAAAGAAGGGCCUUGCUGGUUUUCAGAUAGGGAAAACCAAGGUUUUUCUAAGAGCUGGCCAGAUGGCCGAGUUAGAUGCAAGGAGAGCUGAGGUACUUAGUAGUGCAGCCAAAACUAUUCAGCGGAAAAUACGAACACAUAUAGCGCAGAAGCAGUUUGUUGCAUUGCGGAAGGCUUCUAUCUGUAUUCAGUCUUGGUGUAGAGGAAGAAUGGCUAGCAAACUUUAUGAGCUCAUGAGAAAGGAGGCAGGUGCUUUGAAAAUUCAGAAAAACGCUCGCAGAUAUCAGUCCAGAAAGGUUUACAACCGGCUCCGGUUAUCAGUGCUUGCCUUGCAGACAGGUUUAAGGGCAAUGGCUGCUCGUGAUGAAUUUAGAUUUAGGAGACAAACUAAAGCAGCAAUUGCCAUUCAGGCCCAGUGGCGUUGUCAUAGAGCUUCAUCCUACCAUAGGAAGCUUAAGAGGGCAGCAAUUGUGUCUCAAUGCAGAUGGAGGGGAAGAAUUGGCAGAAGAGAGCUGAGGAAGCUCAAAAUGGCUGCAAGAGAAACAGGUGCACUUCAAGAAGCAAAGGAUAAGCUAGAAAAACGAGUAGAGGAGCUCACAUGGCGUUUGCAGUUGGAGAAACGCUUAAGGACUGACUUGGAGGAAGCAAAAACACAGGAGAUAACCAAAUUGCAAAAUUCAUUGCAAGAUAUGCAGAUCAAAGUUGAUGAAACAAAUGCUUUGCUUGUGGUGGAACGAGAGAAUGCACGAAAGGCAAUUGAAGAGGCACCCCCUGUUAUCAAAGAGACUCCGGUUGUUGUCCAAGAUACUGAAAAAAUUGAUUCUUUAACAGCGGAAGUGGAGAACUUGAAGGUAGUUCGAUUUAGUCAUAGUAAAGAUGCCUUCUCUUUAAUCAUCAAGACGAGCAUUGUGUUAGUUUUUACAGGAUUUCAGCCAAUGCUUCAAAUAUACUAUGCAGCCUUUGCAAGUCUUCACUGCAGCAAAAAGAUGUUCUCCCCCCCUCCUACACAAGUACCAGUGGAAGGUCCGCAUAAAGCAGCGCCAUUUGAUUCCCCCUUCAUCGGAUUUGUAUCCUUUCCACCUCCAUUCUGCCUUUGGCUUGAAGAGAAGCUUACCAAUCUAGAGUCAGAGAAUCAAGUUCUUCGUCAGCAAGCAUUGACCAUGGCAUCCAAUAACAAGUUCCUCUCAGGACGUUCUAAAUCAAUUAGUCUGAGGAAUUCCGAGAGUGGUCGUCUUAUGAGCACUGAUACCAAGACAGCCGUUGUACGUGAUACGCAAAGUUCUUCAACCCAAAGGGAACUUACUGAAGUAGAAGAGAAACCACAGAAAUCUUUAAAUGAGAAACAACAGGAGAAUCAGGACUUGCUAAUUAGAUGUAUUGCACAACACCUGGGCUUCACUGGGAGCAGACCAAUUGCUGCCUGUAUCAUAUACAAAUGUCUUCUUCACUGGAGAUCAUUUGAAGUUGAGCGAACCAGUGUCUUUGACCGCAUUAUCCAGACAAUUGGACAGGCUAUUGAGACUCAGGAGAACAAUGAUAUCUUAGCUUAUUGGCUGUCCAAUGCAUCGACAUUGUUGUUGCUACUCCAGCGUACAUUAAAAGCAAGUGGUGCAGCUGGCAUGGCCCCACAACGCCGUAGAUCAUCGUCAGCUACCCUCUUUGGGAGGAUGACUCAGAGUUUCCGGGGAGCACCACAAGGUGUUAAUCUAUCUUUUACCAAUGGCGGGAUGGUUGGUGGAGUAGAUACAUUGCGCCAGGUCGAAGCAAAAUACCCAGCUUUACUUUUCAAACAGCAACUUACGGCAUAUGUGGAAAAGAUAUAUGGGAUGAUCCGAGAUAAUUUAAAGAAAGAGAUCUCCCCAUUGCUUGGGUUAUGCAUACAGGCGCCAAGAACAUCCAGAGCAAGCUUAGUCAAGGGAUCAUCCCGUUCACUUGCAAAUUCAGCAGCCCAGCAAGCUUUGAUUGCUCACUGGCAGGGGAUUGUGAAAAGCCUUGGAAAUUUCUUGAGCACAUUGAAAACCAAUCAUGUGCCCCCAUUUUUAGUGCGCAAGGUGUUCACACAAAUAUUUUCUUUCAUCAAUGUGCAACUCUUCAACAGUCUCCUGUUGAGGCGAGAGUGCUGCUCAUUUAGUAAUGGUGAAUAUGUCAAGGCAGGUUUGGCUGAAUUGGAACAUUGGUGCUAUAAAGCAACAGAUGAGUAUGCAGGUUCAGCUUGGGAUGAACUCAAGCAUAUCAGACAGGCUAUUGGGUUCCUGGUUAUACAUCAGAAGCCAAAGAAGACACUCGAUGAAAUAAGCCACGACCUUUGCCCUGUGCUCAGCAUACAGCAGCUUUACCGGAUCAGUACAAUGUACUGGGACGACAAGUAUGGGACACACAGUGUGUCCUCAGAUGUUAUAUCCAACAUGAGGGUGCUGAUGACUGAAGAUUCAAACAAUGCCGUCAGCAAUUCUUUCUUGCUGGAUGAUGACUCAAGCAUACCAUUUUCGGUCGAUGACAUAUCAAAGUCCAUGGAACAGAUUGACAUCUCUGACGUUGAACCACCACCUCUCAUUCGUGAGAAUACAGGCUUCGUAUUUCUCUUGCCACGUUCCGAGUAAUCUCUUUAUCAAUGUAGCACUCAUCUGGAUGGUUUAUCUUCCUGUCUGUCUCCUUUCAACAUCACCUCACUUAUUGUAGUUAACUUCAGAUUUUGUAUAUUCACGUCAGAGCCCCUUCAGUAUGUUGGAUGACUCCCAUUGGGUGGGUUGAUGUUGCUUCUUCCUUGGAUUAAAGUUGUCUCAUUGAUUUCCCCUAACCAUGUAUAAUUCAAUACUUAUAAUGGGGAACACUCUGCUGUCUCUACUCAAUGAGAUAUUGGCUACCUCCCCCAUCACUUGUAAAUUUGCCAUAUCUUUGGUGAGUCAAUUAUAUUUAAACAUUUUUUGUGUGAA